ACGCGAAUCCUUCGGGCGAACAGCCAAACGUAGUGAAAAACACGGAUAUCUUCAAGUUAACGCCAGGAUCUAGGAAUCCUCUGCACCUGUGACUGCUCUUUUAGGAGCAGGCAGAGCAGACCCAGUACCAAAACAAACGCAAUUCCCAAGUAGGAGAUCAAAAACAAAAGCCCAAAGAUGGUCUAUGAUAUGACCCACAUGGCGGCGGGUCCGCCGCAGAGCAUUUCGCUGAGUCGCUACUACCUGCCCGAUGAGGAUGAGAUGGUGGGGCCGAAUAAUCCGCAUCUGGUCAACGAGGACUAUGCGGCCAGUACGACCUUGGAUAUCGACAAGCGUUUCCAGGCGCGAAUGGCCUGCGAAACGGCAGCCCAACCGGCACCGCCACCGCCGCCCACGCCGGCACCACGUCGCCGGACCACGCCCAUUGCCCACCUGGAUCCCUCGGAACUGGUGGGUCUGUCCCGGGAGGAGCGACGUCGCAGGCGUAGGGCCACCCUGAAGUAUAGAACGGCCCAUGCUACGAGGGAGAGGAUCCGCGUGGAGGCCUUCAACGUCUCAUUCGCCGAGCUGCGCAAGCUGCUGCCCACCUUGCCGCCGGACAAGAAGCUCUCCAAGAUCGAGAUCCUUAAGCUGGCCAUCUGCUACAUUGCCUAUCUGAAUCACGUGCUGGAGACCCCCUGAGACAGCGCCGGCGCCUCCAGCUUCGCCACCAGCUGCCUCUUCAACGAGGCCAACUUUUUCGCCCCCCCGUAGGAGGUGGGGGGGCGGUGCACUCGGGUUUAGGGGGCGUGGCCGGCAAGGUCAGCAGAAAAGGCUACGGGUAUCCUAUAUCAGAUGAACGAAUAACUUGGAACCCCACACCUUACGCCCACUAAUCAGAGUGUAAUAUUAUUUACUAUGAACAUCAAGAUUCAAGGCUUUGCUAAGCCAUGGUUACAUACAUUUUUUUUAACCAGAGGUUAGUAAACUGAAUGUCCUAUAUCAGAUGAGCGCAUAACUUGGAAACCCCACACCUUACGCCCACUAAUCAGAGUUUUAUAUUAUUUACUAUGAACAUCAAGUUUCAAGGCUUUGCUAAGCAAUGGUUACAUAAAUUGUUUUAACCAGAGGUUAGUAAAAUUAAUGUCAGGAAAGGAGUCUGUGGUCUGCCUUAAUCAACCGACGCAUUAUCAAUCGCUCUGCUGAUUAAAAGGUUGGCCUAUACUUUAUCCUAAAACUAGUUAAACGAAACUGCAUGCUGACCAGCUAACCUACACUUAUAAUAUUUAACCACUGGAUGGUAAAAUGACUAGUCAAAGUCCCUGUUGAAAAAGAAACUGGACACUGGAAUGUCCAAUAAAACCUUUUGUUUUGUAUGUACAUUUUUUGUAUAGAAAUUCAAGUCCCCAUGUCAUGCUAGCUUAUGAUAACAACAUUUAACCAAAGGUUAAAAUGCUUAUUCUUAUAACACUUUAAAAUGUCCACAUCAGUAUUAGACUAUUCAAUAAAGUUUCAUAAUUUUCCUGUUAGGAAAAUAAGGAACAUGGUAAUAUAAACUAUCAUAAGAUAAUUCUGUACAUUUGUUUAGCUCUUUAUUUUUGAAACCCGAUUAAAUUAAGUUAAGAUGUAAACUUACAUUUUCCAAUGUUAAUAUAGUUUGGGAUAUAAGAAAAAUUAACCAAAACCAUUUAUUGUAAUAUAUAUGCUUAUAUAAAAAUAUAUGAUACAUAAUACAUUAACCAAAUAACCUAAAACCAGAGAUUUACUAACAUUUAGGACUAAUCAAUACCCUUUUUUUUGUCUAGCUUUAAGACGUGAUAUUUGUUUAUAAACUAACUAAACUGUGUGUGUUAGCCAGUCAAACAAUAAAUAUACAUAU